GUUUCGGGUCAAAGACUAAAGAAGUUAGUUACAAAGUAAACAAGAAUCCUAGAAGGAGCUGUUACGAGAGCCACCUACAUCCCAUUACGGGCGCCUUCAGCAAGCAAAUCAAAUUCCUCGGUAAUUUUCUUUUUUUAUAUCAACAACGAAAAAUUGGAAAACAGAAAGAAUCACAGGAUCUUCAAAUGUUGUGUCAAUAAAGAACUAAAAAUCAAGUCGAACCUGAACACCUUGGCAUCCAAUAUGGACGCACGUGUUAGGAUCUCGUAGCAGCCGACUCAAUGACACAGGAUACAUUUAGUAAACGUGUAAAUUGAAUAUUUGACCGCUUUAUAUCUUGCUGUGGCUGGGUUAUAAUUCGCAGGAACUAUAUACAUAUUCUUAUCUUUAUACCGUUGGGGUUUACGCUUUUCUCUUCUUUUUGGGGGACUAUUCUUUUCGAGAACGAGACCGGAUGUGCGGCCUGAUCGAUGUUGAAAUGGUGGACUAGCGGAGAUCGUCUGGCACAGAGGAAAGCCAGGGAGACCCAAAACAUGAGUGUCCGAGGUUCGAAACUCAGUCCCAUUACGAUCGUCUUGAUUUCAGUCCUUCUAUCAGGCCAAUUCUUUGUUGGGAUUACAGGACAAUGCGAUACUGGCUGCUCACCCCCUGAAAUAGAUGGUGGUGGGACACCGGGUUUCUCUCCGGAUGAGGACUGCUACGAUACAGGGUCAAGUGUGAACGUCACCUGUAGUGGAUAUCUAUUUGGAAUAACGGAAGUUGGCGUGUGCGUAUCAGCGGGAUACUGGGACGCACAGUUCCCACCAACCUGCGAGGAAUCCAGUUGCCCCGUGCCCACUGCUCCCGGAAGCGGCUUAGUAAGCCCGGUAAAUCAGAACUCCUUGUACGAUGAGAUCGUCUUCUCUUGCGACGAGGGCCUGUACCUUGAUGGACCGGGAAUGGCGGUUUGCAUAGGAACAGGUCAAUGGUCUCCGACUACGGUCCCAACAUGUUCUGGAAACUGUACGAUUCCCGUUAUAACUGAUGGAGAAGCUACCUCGUCUGAUGACGUACUUCAAGAAGGGAGUCAGAUGACAGUCACGUGUUCUGAAGGGUACACUCUGACCGGUGUAGCCGAUUUCAGGUGUCACAAUGAAGAAUGGGACCCGGAUGUGGGAGAAUGUUUAGCAAAUUGCCCCUCGCCAACCAUUACGAAUUCGGACUUUGCAACAGACCGAGAUGAAACAGACCACGGCGAUUACAUCAUCGUGACCUGCGACGACGGUUUUACUUCCGGGACAGGGGAUAAUGUAUCAGAACCUGUGACCUGCGGAGAGGGGAGUUGGGACGUGGAUGUAUACUGUUAUGCGAAUUGUCCAUCAAUAUCAGCCCCUGACCAUGGAUACAUCAACAGCCUCGUUGAGCCGUUCUAUCAUGGCCGCACCGUCGCUUUCAACUGCAGCCUCGGAUUCACAUUGGUCGGGGAUUCGAGUUCAACGUGCGAAGACGGAAGUUGGUUGAAUGCCGUUCCCGAGUGCAAAGCCGAUUGUCUCGUUCCUUUAAUCGAGAACUCCAAUCUGAAUGAUACCACCGACAGCACGUACGUUCCCCAUAGUAGUAACACGACGGUCACCUGCGGCAAUGGUUAUUCGUUCGGGUUCGAAUCGGACUUCGAUGGCAUCCUGACGUGUGAUGAUGGGAUCAUGGAUGACACCGGAAUCGAGUGUCUAGAGAGUUGUACAAGUCCUACUGUCGCAAAUUCCAAUAGGGCGGACAGAAGCGAAGCAGUCCUAUACGGAGGGUCAAUCGUGGUCGAGUGUGACAGUGGCUACAGUUCCGGUUCCGGGUCAGAACAAAACGAAACACUCGUCUGCGAAGGCGGCUCGUGGAACGGAAGCGUAUCCUGCUAUGAAAACUGCCCCGAUAUAUCAGCACCCGAUGGGGGUAAUAUAUACCCUAGUUCGGCUACAUUCUACCACACCAACACAGUAUAUUUCAACUGCAGUGAGACCUACCUCUUCGUCGGGACAUCCAAUCUCACCUGCGAUAAUGGCACCUGGUCCGACCCUGUACCAGACUGCAAGGCAAGCUGCCCCGGACCGGAUGUGGACAACUCGAACUUUGCCGAUGCGACGGAUUUGACAGGACAUGGUGGGUACGUUGAAGUACUUUGUGAUGAUGGUUUCACUUCCGGUUCCGGAUCACUGAUGACUGAGAUCGUAUACUGCGACGAUGGUAGUUUCAACAGGACGAUUUAUUGCUAUGAAAACUGUCCCAACGUAACGGCGAUUGAUAACGGAAACUUCUAUGAAGUUGGACCUCCCCACUACUAUGGGGACAGCAUCAACUUCACCUGCCUCACUAACUACACCCUGGAUGGGAACCAGACGGUCACGUGUCUAGAUGGUGAAUGGAGUUCAAAUUUCCCAGAGUGCAAAGCGGACUGCAGCGACCCAGGCACACCGGUAAACGGAUCCCAGGCCGCAAACUCCUCAUACACUCACGGGGGACAGGUCUCUUACGAGUGCGAUCCCGGAUUCGAUACCCUUGGCUCAUCCGUGAUCACCUGCGACAAUGGAACAUGGUCCGCCCCUAUCCCAAUAUGUGAAGAGGAUACCUUAGUGGACCUGAUAACGCUGACGUGUGCAUCCGACAGUUUCACGGUUCAAGUUCCGAAAGCAUUGCUAGACGGGCUUAAACCAGAAGAACUCGUUUUGGAGAAUAAUGUGAACUGCACUGGUGUGAAUGAUUCCUCGGAUUUCGUCAAUAUCACGUCAAAACUAGGAGAAUGUGGGACUGAACUCACUGAAACAACUGUUACGGGAGAUGGUAAAACUUAUUACUACGACGUCUACAAGAACCGCGUGGUAGCGUAUUCACCGACUGGAGUAGUCAACGGCCCUACGGUCGACCUACCCAUCACCUGCACGUACGAUCGAGAACAACUGGUCGAUGGCGUGAGCUACAAACUCCAGAAUUAUACCAUUUCUCGUUCCCUCUCCGAAGACGGCACCUACCAAUUCCGUUUUUUCAUCUACGAGGACGUUAGUUUCGGCACCGUCAUCGAUAACAGUGUCGUUCACGUCGAUUUGGACGAGGAUGUAUUCUUUGGAAUUUCGUUGCAGGGCGGUGGAGGGUCUCUUCGAGUCAACGCCCAAACCUGUUGGGCCACGCCCUCUUACUCGUCGACGGAUAACACCCGUUGGGAUUUGGUCUCGGAUGGCUGCCCCAUGGACGACUCCCUGAUGUUCAUCGAAGAUACGAACCGCGCUCUUUUCAGUUUGUCCAGUUUUCGAUUUCUUGAUCAAGGCGAUUCGGUCUAUAUCCAUUGCGACGUAUUGGUGUGUGAGCUUAAAAAUUCGCAGUGUAAACAGCCCUUGGACGAUUGCGGUGUUGGUGAUAGUCGACGACGACGGCGGAGCGCUGCACACAUCGGGCCGACUAGGAGAAAGAGGUUGAGAGUCGGGCCGUUCAGACGGAUGGAAUCAGCGUACAGCGGUUACGUUUUACCCGAUUCCUCUCUGCACGAAGAUUCGCAGUCAUAUAUUACAGAAUCCCUUACUACUUACAUCGUCGUUAUCGUGAGUUUAGCUGUCAUCUGUCUGGUCCUCAUCGCCAGCCUUUCCUUUGUCACCACGAGAUUGCUCAUGGCGAGGAAGAAUUAACAUUACAUUCCCAUGGCAACGGCACGCUGUUACCAUCAGUUCAGAUCAGCGCCAGCCACAAUGCUCCUUCUCACUGCUGACGAUAGAGGGCUUCCUGUAUACUGGAUUAAACCAGAGCUGUCUGGUCAAACAGAGUUUGGCCAACUUGGUUUUAGUUGGUCACAACAUGGCGUGGGCCUAUAUAUUCUGUUCUGUGCUUGCCCAACAAGGCAGGAUUCUCCAUAUUGUGCCCAACUCGACCCGGGUUUGCCAAGCUCACAUAAUCAAUGGCUCUGUAUGAAACCAGGCCAGUGCCAUGCAUAGAUGGAUAUGGACGAAAACAAACAAAUCCAAUCGGCUAGUUCAGACUAUUUCUAUUUACCUCGCCCGAAAACUGACGUGGACGUGGUGGACGCGAACUAUCAUUUUUCAUAUAUUGACAUUUUACAGCGUUGCGAUUAUAUUCAGAUGCGAUUUCUUAAAGCAAAUGUUGAUACAAAGAACCCCAACGACGGAUUGUUAUGGGCAAGUGAGUGCGGUGUUACUGAAAUAAACCGACAAUAAUAUCAGCUAAACAUGGAUGACAUUGGCCCGUAUUCUACUUAAAUUCAUCUCCUCAAGGGUGUUCACUAGUUUCGAGAUGUUACCAAAUCGCUAACCAUAGUAAUGAUACUUGUUUUUCUUUAACCCAGUCACUUCUUUAACCAUGCAACUAAAAGUUCUUUUCAUGGAGUGUUGGCUCAGUCAGUAGAGCGUCCGCCUCACAACCGGAAGGUCGUGGGUUCGAACCCCGGCCGCGUCAUACCAAA